CCAUUUUUCCCACACCAAACAAACAUCUACUAUAUCUUCUUCCUUCACUUUGGAUCUUAAUCUUUUGGUUACCAUGGGUAUUGUGAGUCAUGAAAAUGAGGUUGCUACUGCCAUCCCUCCUGCCAAGAUGUUCAAGGUCUUUGUGCUUGACGCCGAUAACACUAUCCCCAAAAUUCUGCCACAAGCCAUUAAGAGUAUCGAGAUCAUUGAAGGAAAUGGAGGGCCUGGAACCAUUAAGAAGACAACCUUUGCAGAAGGGAGCGAAGUCAAGUACAUAAAGCACAAGACUGAAGCAAUAGACCAAGACCAUUUUAUAUACAACUAUAGUGCUAUUGGAGGUGAUCCAUGGAUGGAUACGCUAGACAAAAUUUCUUAUGAGACAAAGAUGGUGCCUUCUCCGGAUGGGGGAUCCAUCUGCAAGAGCAUUACCAAGUACUAUCCGAAGGGUGAUAGCCAGAUCGAUGUCGACCAAAUCAAAGCCGCCGAAGAGAAGGCUUUGGGAAUGUUCAAGGUUGUCGAAGCAUAUAUCCUGGCAAAUCCUGAUGCCUUCAACUGAAAAAUGUCCAUGUUCUAACACAUGAGGUUUCAUGUAUUCAUGCUUUCUUUUUUCUUUCCAAAGCCAAAACUAAUCUUGGCCUAGAAAUAAAAGUCUGAUAUUUUGUGUUGAAA